AUGCCAGUACCAGUACAAGUAGCAUACAAGCCAAUUGGCAAGCCCGAGAUCGGUGUCAACAAUUACCAAGGCUUUCAUCCCGGCAAGACUGAAGUUCUGCGAAAGGGAUGGAAUGGAUACAAGGCCAAGGCGCUUCAAAGCGACAUUGUUGUUGAGCACGAUGUCGAGAUAGUCGUACGAGACGGUUGCCGACUCUAUGUGGACAUCUACAGGCCUGCAGACUCCGACGAAAACAUCCCAGCAAUCAUUGGCUGGUCCUGCUAUGGCAAGAAAUACAGCGCCCUUUGCAUGCUCCCCAUGACUGUCUGGAACUGCUGUGUCAACGAGAAAGACUUAUCUGGAAUCGAGAAGUUCGAGGGAGUGGACCCACGGAAGUGGUGUCCGAGAGGGUAUGCUGUUAUCAGCGUGGACUCGCGAGGCACGGGCAACAGCGAUGGGCAGAUACCUAUCAUGGGGUCUCAAGAUGCAGAGGAUUCACACGAUGUCAUCGAAGCUCUGGCACGAAUGCCGUGGUGUAACGGGAAAGUCGGCAUGGCAGGUAACUCAGCACUGGCCAUCAUUCAAUGGCACACUGCAUCACUACAACCGCCACAUCUAGCAGCCAUUGCUCCUUGGGAAGGCUCAGGGGAUCUAUUUCGAGAACAAUUCUGCCGCGGUGGUGUCUUCUCUAUGAGCAACUUCGACCUUAUCACAAGAGAAAUCAUUAAGGGAAACUCUGGGGUAGAAGACUUCGCGGAGAUGUACCGGCGUAGCCCUGUGGCCAACGCUUACUGGAACGACAAGCGCCCAGACAUGACGAAGAUCAAAUGUCCUACAUUCAUUUCUGGCUCGGACUUCAGCUCCAUUCACACCAUGGGUGCUGUGAGAGGGUACAUGGAGAUCAAACACGACAAGAAAUGGAUCAGGUGGAGCUCACACCAGGAAUGGUAUGAGCUAUAUUGCGAUGAUCACGCAGACCACGAGCUCCGCAAGUUCUUUGACCGCUUCUUGAAGGGCGUAUCAAAUGACUUCGAAGAGGCGAUUCCAAAGGUGCGGUGGUCAGCUCUGCAGUUUGGCGACCGGGAAGCAAUUGACAACAUCGAGUACUCCGACUUCCCGAUUCCAGGCACCAAGUAUAUGGAGUUCUGCCUCCACGACCAUACUCUCAACACUUCAGCUGCGAAGGAGCCGACAAUUGUGUCUUACAAUUCUGAAAAGGCUAGCGACUUCGCCGAGUUUACUCUCAAAUUCGACGAGAAGACCCGCCUCAUCGGUCUUCCAAAGGCUGUCUUGUACAUAUCAUGUGACGAUCACAACGACAUGAAUGUAUUCGUGCACUUAAGGAAGAAGGACAAAAGUGGCCAGCCGCUGCUGCAUCUCUGCUUUCCCUUUCAUGCUGCACCAGUCAACUCCAUCGCUGAGAUUCCAGAGAAGCAACGGCAGAGCACAAAUCUUCAUACUGGCUCAGUCGGUGUGCUUCGUGCAUCUCAUCGAGCAUUCGAUCCGCAACGCAGCAUCCACCCUCAAUUUCCCUUUCAUCCACAUGAGAAGGAAGAGAAGAUCACACCUGGUGAGAUUGUAAAGCUGGAGAUCGGAAUUUGGUCAAUGGGUGUCGACUUCGAUGCUGGAGAAUCCAUCAGUGUUCAGAUUGGAGGUCAGUUUCCCAACAUCGCGGAAUACAAGGCCUGGUCAGAGCCUCGACCUGAGCAUGAACGGAACAAGGGCGUGCAUAAGAUCCAUAUUGGGCCGGAUCAUCCGUCGAGCAUCAUUUUACCUUUUGUACCAUUGUGA